UUCACUUUGCGCUCUCGGAUACUUGUCACCGUACUGCAGCGCAGCUAAGUUUCGGGUUCCCGUACGACGGGUGAUGUCAGGCUGGAAGUCGGAAGUGACCAGAGCUCCUUCUCUUCCCUGCUCUAUGGGCUGAUUUCAUGGCUUGUGGCAUGGAGACUCUGUAAAUUUCAGUAUGGAAACGGAUCAGAAAUUGGCUGUGAAAUGCCCGAACCUGGAAUUGGUGACGGACAAUGCCUCAAAACUGGAAAUAAUUCAACAAGAAAUAGAAAAUCGCAAGGCCUUUCACAAUGCUUUGCAAAAUGACAUAGCUCAGCUGGAAAAAGCAAAACAUGAAAUAGAACAGAUUGCACUGGAAUUUAAUGCCCGGAUUGAAAAACUCCAACAAAAUAUGGAGGAUGACAAAUUGGAAAAACACAAGCGGGAUUUAAAUUUUCAGAAACAAUUGGAACAUGUAGAGACUGUGAAUAACAAUCUGAGGGAGGAUCAAGGAAAUAUAAAGGUUGAGUUGAUGAGACUCAAAGAAGAAAGAUCAGAGCUAGAAAAGCAACUCAAGGUUUCUUUCUCCAUGCCUCACAAACAAUGGAGCUUUAAUGGCAAAAUUGAGGAAGAUGACGAACCAGCAGGAGAGUUUGAUCUAAAGCCAUACAUUCGUUAUCCAAUAAAAGGAGGCUCGGCAGUGAUUACAUUCGAAGAUGAAGCAGUUGCUAAUAAAAUACUGGAAAUGGAAGAACAUGAGAUUGAAAUAGGAGACUGUCGAAUUAAGAUAAAGGCUCAACCCUUGAAGCUGCAGAUGUUAGAAGAGAUUGAAAUUCAGACAGGAGUGUGUAAAAAGCGAAUCCUGGUUUCAAAUAUCCCGAAGCUUACCACAACUGACCAGCUGCUCGACAAGUUGGAGCUGUACUUCAGCAAACAGAGAAACGGUGGAGGAGAAGUGGAAAAUAUUGAGGUUUUGGAAGAUUCUGGCAAUGUUGUAAUAACAUUUGUUACUGAAGGAAUUUCUGAGAACUUGACAAAGAAAGAGUUUCACCAAGUGGACCUCCGAGGAAUUGACAACAUCCUCCUACUGAGGAUAUCCCCAUUUAUCAAUGGGGAGAUUGUAAAAGUAACGGUACGGGAGGUCAUUUCUAAAAGGAGUAUCCUCUUUACUGGAAUUCCAGACAUAAUGGAUGAAGAAAUCCUUCAAGAUAAUUUGGAAAUACACUUCCAGAAACCCAGUAAUGGGGGUGGUGAGGUGGAUGCAAUAGCAUAUGUUCCUGAGGAGAAAAGUGCGAUUGUUUGUUUUGAGGUAGAUAGUGAAAAGAAGAAUGAAGAAUUACUGUAGUACAGAAUGUGAUUAACUGCUCUCACCAUUUACCAUCCAGACAACUUCAUACUCAAAGCUAGCUGUGUUUUUCAAUUGACUUCCAGUAGAUUUGUAGAGGUAGUUUCAGUCUAAAAGAGAUGAGAUAUUUAGUUUCCCCAGCAGCAGUCAUACUCAGAGACCCAAGACUGAAGGAACCUGUCCUCAGCUUCUCACAGCUGCCCCAGCCACUAGCCAGGAUGAAUCCUUUAUUCUUGGAACAUAACCGGUGUUGCUAAGAACCAUGGUCAGGGAGGAGAUGAGAACUACCACCAUCAUUGUCGUUCGCUGUGAUGCACUUAUCCCGUAACAUGGCCGAGCCCUGGAACUGCAUGGGAUGAUGGUCAGACCUCACCAUUUUGUAGCACUUUGCGCCCUCCUGCUCUGACAUAUUUGAUAGAAAAGCAGAGUCUGCAAACUGGAACAUACUGAGCCUGGGUGGGAUGCUCUGAGGGUUGGUGUGGACUUGUUGGGCCGAAGGGACUGUUUCCACAUUAUAGGGAUUCAAUGAUAUCUAUGAUAUUUCUAUGUCCCACUGCGAAUAUCAGAAAGUUGGCCUCCCAUUGGUAGUUGCGAAAUACCAUUAAGUUACAUACAUUUAUGCAUGUAGUAUAUAUUAUAAUAAACAUUAAGGGUUAAGGUCACAGUUUUAAUUAAAGAGAUGGACAUUUGGAUACAAGUAAUUCUGUUGAACACUUGGUAACUUGAGUGGCUAUUAUAAUUGCUGUUUGAGCCUCGGCCUAAGGACUUUUUUUUUGUCAUCAUCUCUUCCGCAGUGUAGAGACAUAGAAAAUAGGAGCAGACCAUUUCUGCUUCAAUGCUAGAUGAGCAGACCCUGUCUCAGUGCCUCAGGUUGCACUAUCUGAGUUAUUAACGGUUCUGGAGCAAUCCAGAUAUUGAAAAGUUGGACUUCCUCAUGUGGAGCUUGUAUACCUUCCCCUUUCCAAAAUCUGGGCUGCAUCUUUGAAGUUCUGCCAAGCAUGGCAUCUGAAAAAAUAAAAUUAAGUAAUUUGAAAACAUCAUCUUUGACAUCAGUUAGAUCGUACCAGGACUCUCUGAAAACAUUCAGCAGGUCAGGUGGCAUCUGUGGGAAAAGAAAGAGAAUUAAUGUUUCACUUCUGUUACCUUUCGGCAGUACUGGAAAAAGUCAGAAAUGCAAUCUUUAUAAAUAAGUCAAAUGGGGAAGGGUGGAAACAAAGCAAAAGAGGAGAUUCUGUGUUAGAUCAGAAGACAGGCAACAUCACUGCUCCCUUCAACUCUUUCCCAGUGAGUCUUCUAUCAUUUUUUGUACCUUCUCUAACACAUGCAAUUUAGUGUACAGAUAUGCAGUCAAUCCAGGUCUGUCCUGGAAUGCAGGACUGAUCCAAAUCCCAUUACAGGAAGGACCCAAUGAACCACAUAUGCAGACAGAUUGUGUAAAGAAUAAUAGUACAAUAAAUGUUAUUUGAUGUUGAUCAAUUUUGUAUUAAAUUAGCCACAAUAUUUACUUCUAGACUAUAUCGUAUUUGCAUUCUAAUUUGUCUAAGUAAAAGAUCUUUAAAAUUCAUUUUGUGACUUUUCAGAUUAGUCUAAGAGUGAUGCACUGUUAUGUACUCAAUAUGUGUCUUGUUUAUAUCCUCUAGGGAUAGAAAUAUUGACACAAACAUUAAUAGGAUACUUGACAUGUCUUCCUUCUGAAACAUAAGGGGUCUUUCAAAUAACAUUUUUGCAUGAUUUAAGUUGACUGUUCUCUAAAUAAUAUAGACCUGUAUUUUGCUCCAUUGUUCAAUUCAACUGCUAUAUUAUCCUGGGUAUAUUGAGCUGAAAGACUCACAAUAGCUUUUUUAUUGCUUCUUAAUAAUGUUUGUGCAAAAUACAUAUUUCUGUUUGCAUGUGGUCUUGGAAUCAUUAGAUCAUUAUUUGAUGUCAAGCACACAAAUGUCAAACAGAAUAUUUUGUGUAUCAGUAAAAUUUUGAUAAAUGAUUCAAUUCUUCAGGCACAAUGACAUUCAAUCACAUUAAGACUCAUAAGUCUGUCAGCUAAUUACACCUGCAGAGAUUUCUCAUAUCACACUUGCACAGUAAUUUCUUUGUAACUUCUUUAGCACGUGGAAUGUUUAAUGAUGGGUUAAUUUAGUAAGUUAAUAAAAUGGACGGAAUUGCCUCUUG